AUGAAUUCAAUAGCCCUUUUAGGUCUAAGGAAAAGGGUAGUUCACAAAAUUUCCCAGUUUUUUGUUAUUCAGCUGAGAUUAUGUAGCAACACGUUUGAUGGUAAUAACGAUUUUGACUGCAUUGAGGAGCCUUUGAAAAGAAUAGUUUCAGAUUUUGAUUCUAGUUUGGAUGAAAGGUUCAAUUUAAACAAUGAUUCAAACUGUAAUCAAAAGCCCUUUUCACUUAGAAAAGGAUUCUUAGAUUCUGUGAAAUUAGAUGCUAAGAGGGCCCUUGAGGUUCUUAGACAAGAUGGUCCUGGUCUUGAUGCUAGGUUGAUUUUAGAGGAGUUGAGUAUAAGACCUUCGGGGAUUCUUGUUAGAGAGGUUCUCUUUGGAAUUUUGAGGAGCAUUAAUAGUGAGAAUAAGACCAGGUGUGCAAAGCUGGCUUAUAAGUUUUUUGUGUGGUGUAGUCAGCAGGAGGAUUACCGGCACACUGCGAAUGCCUAUCACUUGAUUAUGAACAUAUAUGCUGAAUGCGAAGAGUUUAGGGCGUUGUGGAGGUUGGUCGAUGAGAUGAUUGAGAAAGGCUAUCCAGCUACUGCACGCACUUUCAAUGUUUUGGUUCGGACUUGUGGCGAGGCUGGCUUGGCGAAGACGUUGGUGGAGAGGUUCAUAAAAUCAAAGAACUUUAGCUAUAGGCCUUUUAAGCAUUCCUACAAUGCAAUUCUACAUAGUUUUCUUGUAUUAAAACAGUACAAAUUGAUUGAGUGGGUUUAUGAACAGAUGUUGCUUGAUGGUUUUUCGUCAGAUGUUUUGACUUAUAAUAUUGUCAUGUAUGCCAAGUAUAGACUUGGAAAAGUGGAUCAGUUCCACAUACUGCUUGAUGAGAUGGGUAGAAAUGGAUUUUCUCCGGAUUUUCAUACCUUCAACAUUCUUCUUCAUGCUCUUGGUAAAGGGGACAAACCACUCGCCGCUCUUAAUCUUUUAAAUCACAUGAGAGAAACAGGUAUAGAGCCAACGGUACUUCAUUUUACUACAUUGGUAGAUGGACUCAGCAGAGCUGGGAAUUUGGAUGCUUGCAAAUAUUUUUUUGAUGAAAUGACAAAGAACGGGUGCGUGCCAGAUGUGGUGGCGUACACUGUUAUGAUAACCGGAUAUGUAGUGGCUGGCGAGCUUGAGAAAGCACAGGAAAUGUUUCAAGAGAUGCUUUCCAAGGAGCAAGUCCCAAAUAUUUUUACAUACAAUUCCAUGAUUCGGGGGUUAUGUAUGGCAGGAAAAUUUGAUGAAGCACUCUCAAUGUUCAAGGAAAUGGAAAGGAAAGGUUGUAGUCCAAACUCUGUUGUCUAUAUUACAUUAGUGAAUUGUUUGCGGAAUGCCGGAAGGGUUGCUGAUGCUCGCGAGGUGAUAAGACAAAUGAUGGAGACAGGGAAGUAUGCCCACUUACUUUCAAGAUUCAAAGGGUUUAAGAUGUAG